AUGCGGAAUCCUAGUGAACUCCGGUCCUGGUCACCACCACAAGAAAUUCGACACAGGGCCUUUUUUCUGCAGGAAAGAACAUGUCAUUACCACUCCAGGAACGCCGACGUGAAAUGCACAUCGUUUGUGAAGGUGGAAAAGGGAGACCUGGCAAGAGCCGUGGCGAGGGUUGGCCCCAUUUCUGUCGGCAUUGAUGUCAGGAGCGGAAAGUUCAGGCUGUAUAAAUCAGGAAUCUUUUCAUGCACUUGGGAAGGGGACGUCCUGAACCAUGCCAUGCUGGUGGUCGGCUACGGGGAAGAAAAAGGGAAAAAGUACUGGAUCCUGAAAAACAGCUGGUCUGAACUGUGGGGUGAGUCGGGCUACAUGCGUCUGGAGGAAGGAUCGAGAGAAUGUGGCAUCGCCGAUGACGCAAUCUACCCCAAGUGGUGA